AUGAACGUCAAGCCGCAUAAGCAGUCCAUGUCCGAGCUCAAGCUGCGACGACUCACAGAGCACAAUCAGCGAUUGAAGGAGGACCUUGAGCGACCUCGUAUCCGCGUAUCAGAGGCCAGUCAAAGCCUCAUCAACUACUGCAAGAGCACGCGCGACUGCCUCGUCCCCUCCGUCUGGGGCCCUGUCAGCAAGGGCGAAGACCCGUACGCGCCCGCCGGCGGAGGAUGCAACUGUGUUGCCAUGUAG